CUGCAGAACUCUCAUUUCUUCUCAGCUGUACUUAACCUACUACAUAUGCCAAGAUGAUGAAGGAUAUGAUAAUAAAGAACAUGACCUUCAAGGUCGAACAAACCCUGACUGUUGUUGGAGUCAUCAAAUCUGAUCCCAAAAGGUUUGUUGUGGAUAUUGGUGAGAGCGAGGACAGAAUUGCAUUUCAUUUCAACCCUCGUUUUGAUGACAGCAGACACAUAAAUAUAAUUGUCUGCAACUCUUUUGAGGGAGGCAAUUGGCAUCAGGAGCAAUAUGAGAAAAGCUUUCCUUUCAGCCCAGGAAAGGAAUUCAAGAUCUCCAUUCAGUUCACUUGCUCAGAGUUUGUGGUGACUUUAUCAAAUGGCUCAACGUUCUGUUUCCCCAAUCGCAUGGGUGCAGAGAAAUACUCUGUCAUGGGCUUUCAUGGGGAUGCUGUCAUCAGAAGCAUUGAGAUCAAGUAAAACGACAUCCACCCUUGAAUUGCUGAAUUGAAAUUCUUGUUUUAUUUUUCUGUUUGUCUGGCAGCAGUUUUUUAACUCUGCACACAGAUGACUGAACAUCCUGUUAUGGAACUCUGCAGUUUUAAAGUAGUCUAAGGGAUUUUUUGGUUUGGAUUUGUAGUUUUUUGCUUGCAAGAAUCAUAUACAGUAAACUAUCAUCAAGUUUCCUUUAAUGUGCCUUUAAAUGCUUCACUAUUCACUAUUUGUAUUUUCCAAGACUUUUUACUUUUCAAUUCUUUCCUGCAAAAGCAUCAAUAAAGCAUGUUCU